AUGAAAUUUAAUUCUUCAACGACGACUACUUCACCAAUAUCAUGUUCAUAUUGUCAAACUAUAGCUUGUCGUUGUCCUUCAAGAAACAAUCUUUUAAAUUGUUCAUCUUAUUUAUUAAAUUUAACAUUUGCUUCGAAUUGUGCUGAGAAUAUCAUAUGGGACACAGUUGAUUUUUCUUUACGUAAUUUAGAAUCAUUAAGCUCAAUACAACUUCUAUCAUUACGUAUGCAUCGAUUAUUAUUAAAAUCAAAUUUAAUUACAAAUAUAUAUGAUAAUACAUUUGAUUCAAUUGGUGAUAUUCUGAUUGAACUUGAUUUACAAAUGAAUCAAUUAACAAAUAUUUCAUCGAAAUGGUUUAAUUCAAAAUUAACUCAAUUAAAAAUAUUAAAUCUUGCAUCGAAUCAACUUGAAUCAUUUAUAGAUCUUAAUAAUGUAUAUUUACCUUAUUUACAAGAAUUAAAUGUAUCAUGUAAUCAAAUUGAUAUCUUUCCUAUACAAAUUCAACAAUGGACAUCAUUAAUUAAACUUGAUUUAUCAUUUAAUAAACUAUCAAGUAUACCGAGAUUUGCUCUUACAAAUCUUCGAAAUUUAUCAUGGCUAUCAUUAGCAUCAAAUAGAAAUUUAAGUUGUAUCGUUUAUGAUUCAUUUAAAUAUCUUAAUUCAUUAAAAUAUUUGGAUUUAUCAAGUACAAAUUUAUUUGAUCUUGAUGGAUGUUUAUUUACUCAAUUGACUAGUUUACAUAUACUUAAAAUUGAACGUGUUUCAAUUAAUUGUUCGUCUUGUUGGCUUUCAAAGAUGAAAAAGCAUUCAAUAAAAUUAUUUGGACAAUGUCUUCACAAUAAUACAAUAAAACAACUUGAUUCUUUAACUACUGAUCAACAGAUUCAUUCUUCAUGUUCAAAAUCAUCGAUGGAUUGCUCAAUAGAUUAUUGUGAACCAGGUUCAUACAAUAUUGAAUCAAAAUCUUUUUUAUCUAUUAAAACAUCGAACUCAGCCGAAGAUUCUAAUGUAUCAAAAAAUCGUACCAUUGAAAUAGUUCUUGGUGUCGUAUUUAGUCUAAUCGGACUUUUCGUAAUUAUAGUGAUAAUUAUUUUAAUCUAUCGAUGGAGACAAGGUAAAAAGAUAUUUUGUUGUGAUGUAUUACCAAAAACAUCAUCAACAACAAUUGCAACAACACGAAAUCAAAGUCGCAAACAAAUACUCAAUAAAAAUCCAACAAUAAUGGAAUCUGUUAUUACACAUGGUGCAGAAAUGGAUGUAUCUCCAUAUUCGCAUCAUGAAUAUGAACAUUCAAAUAAUAAACGAAAUCUUUAUAAUCCUAUGUUCGUAGAUUCUCCAAAAUCAGAAAUUCGCCAUCAAUCGCCAACAAUAGUUACAAAUGACGAUCGUUUUCAUAACAGUCAAUUAUAUGCUGAAAAUUUAUAA